CUAGCUUGCUCGUUCACAGCUUAGGAUCACUGACAGUGAUCGGAGUCAGUCAGACUCCGUGAGAGAGUGUGUGUGAGUGAGUGUGUGUGAGAGUGUGUGAGUGUGUGAAGAAGAGCAGACAUGAACAGAGACAAGAGGAGGACAGAACCACCGCAGACUCCCGCCGACACUGAUAUCCUGAUGGACAUGGAUCAAGGAGCCUUGAAGAAGUUCAGCUCCAUGUUCUCUUCACUUCAGGAGAAACUGCACAGAACCAAGCGCAGCGCGUCUGAUCCCGGCGUGUACACGGACGCAGCGCCUCCUGCUGGACGCAGUCACUCGGGUCAGCUCUUCUUCGAGUAUCUGCUGGUGGUCAGUCUGAGGAAGAAGAGGAACGAGGAAGGGUACGAGCCCCACAUCACCUACCAGUUCCCCAAGCGUGAGGCGAUGGGCCGUCUGCAGCGAGAGGAAGAGGAGAAGUGCAUGAAGGCUGCUCAUCUCUUCUGCUUCCCAGAGGGAAUCAACUGGGCUCCUCUGACCCAGUACAAGAGCGAGACGUUCUCGUUCGUUCUGACUGAAGUGGAUGGCAGCCGGAGGAACGGAUACUGCAGGAGACUGCUGCCGGCUGGCCACGGCGCUCGUGUUCCAGAGGCGUACUGCAUCAUCAGCCAUGUGGCAUGUUUCGGACUCUUCUCAAAGAUCUUCGACGAGGUGGAGAAGCGCAGGCAGAUCUCUAAAGCCAUGAUCUAUCCGUUCAUGCAGAGCCUGCGGGAGGCACCGUUGCCCUCGCCCGGAAACACCGUCACCAUCACCAGCUUCAUCCCUGACGCCGGCACAGAGAUCAUCAGUCUGACGCGGCCGGCCGAGUCCUGGCUCGAACACGUGGACUUCCGCACGCUCUUCCGCUGCCUGAGCGACGAGGAGGUGCUGAUGGUGUUCGCUGCCACUGUCAUGGAGCGACAGAUCAUCUUCAUCUCUGAGGAGCUCAGCACUCUGUCGCAGGUUCUGCACGCUGUGACUGCUCUGCUGUAUCCGUUCGUGUGGCAGCACACGUUCAUAUCAAUCGUUCCUACGGUCCUGAUCGACGUGUGUGCCGCGCCGACACCAUACCUGCUGGGAGUCCAGAAGAGCCUGCUGGAGCAGCUGACCGACCACACACACCUGAUGAUUGUUGAUCUGUCACCUGGAGCAGAAACUAAAUUCAUUAACAGAAUUGGAGACGAGGAGUCGCUGCUGCCUGCUAAACUGAAGGAGGAGCUGCUGACGCAACUGUCUGCGCGCAAACACGACGCCUCGACGGAGGAGCUCAACCGGCUGGUGUCGGAGGCCUUCCUGUCCGUCUUCGUCCGGAGCGUGGGUCACUUCUCACAGCACUUCAGGAGGAGCGGGAACUCACGCCAGUUCCACAAGAAGAGCUUCCUGAAGGCCGUGGACCACAAGUCACACCGCGACUUCGUCAAACUCUUCAUCCAGACGCAGAUGUUCGAUCUGUUCAUUCAGGAGGAGGAAGCGCAGCUCAACCCUAACGUGUUCUUCCACAGGAAGGUGUUGGAGUAUCACGAGAGGAAGAAGAAGGAGAAGACGAAGACUGGAUGGGUGCGAGGUGUGGUGGUUUAGGAUGUCUUCACCUUCGUUCAGUGUUACCUUCCUCUCAACCUUUCCUUAUUAACAUGCUUCAAACAUUCUGUCAGUAUUUAAUGCUGUUUAUUUGUACGCCGUUUUAACAUAAUAACACAUAUAAAGUGAACUGAUACACGUUAGUUUGAGAGUUCCCUAAGUGAUUUGAAACAGGAACACGUCUAGCUCAUAUUUGACCUUGUUAAAGCUGAAAUUAUAGGAAAAAAGACUUAUACAGUUUUAGUGUAAUUUCCAUUAUUCUGGCUGUUUCAUGUUUGUGUGUUUUGUAUUUUGUGUUAUUUUCAGUGGUGAUUCUCAUUUACUGUAAUUUUUGUAGUAUUGCAGUCAUUACAAUAAACAUUUUAUUUAAAUCAUUGAAAAA